CUCCAUUACUGAGUAAACUUUAGACGUGAACGGUCGUGGGAGUCCCGUUCGUUCCUCCCGAAAGUCUUUUGAGUGUGAUUUCGCUGUAGCAAUACAACGAGCAAUAAAAAAAACAUCUGCUGAAACAGUGGUGAAGAGAAGAUCUGCUGCUGUUGCUGGAUUAGGACGGGUUCGUCAAGACUUUGAAGCUCGGUUUCUAGGGGUGAGCAUACGCACCCUUACACUUUGCGUGCAGGCGUUAGAAGAAACGCGAUGAGCUACCAGUGCUUACUGGUACUCACGCUGUCGCUGCUGGCGACCAGCGUGAGCUUAGCCAACCCGGCGUCGGCCGCCGAGAAGGCCGCGGCCACGACCAGUGCCCUGCCCAAGGCCCAGGACCCGCUGUUCAACAAGAUGCUCGCCGAGAAGUCCGACGGCAUCCCGAUGGCGCACAACCCGCUGUACAACAAGAUGCUGCCGGAAGAUCUGGAGGAGAACCUCAUCGAUGAUGAUGACGAGCCGGCGAAGAAGCCGGCCGACAGCAAUCCCAAGUACGCCCAGCACGCGGCGCUGCUCAAGAAGCUGGCCAAGGAGCAGCAGCAGAAGCAGGAGUCCACGACGAUGGGAAUUGUGCCUAUCAACAAGAGCGAAGACAAGGACAGCUUCGACGACGAGGAUAGCUACGAAGACGAGGGAGACCUGCUGCUGGACAACGACGACAAAGUUGCGGACGCCGAGGUACUGCCACAGGUUGAGGAUCUCUCAGAUGUGCAGUUUUCACAGCCUUCGGUUACGGAAUCCAAGGCUGUCGAAAAACAGGCCGUCCAAACUGGCAGCUCGUCCAGCACGACUGCCCGGACCACAACCUCCACGACCCUUUCGGAAGAUGAGUACUACGAUGACGAGGGAAGCGAUGAAACGAUCGAUCCGCUAGCGAUCGAGAAGGUUCUCGCGGAGAGUGUCGCUAACAACAAGGUGAUCGAGCCCAAGAAGCCGGUUACGCCAAAGGCCUCGACUUCAACCACCACCACUACAACAACCACGACCACCACAACAGUGGCCCCGGACGAUGAGUACUACAAUGAUGACGAUAGCGAAGAGCUCGAUAACGAAAAGAUCGAUCCGCUCGCGAUCGAGAAGGUGCUCGCGAAGAACGCUCCCAAGUCCACCGAGGCUCCCAAGUCUACGACGGCCAAGCCGAAACCAUCGGAUGCCCCCAAACAGGCGGCCACGUCCACCGCAAAGACCUCCGUCGCGGACAACGAGAUCCUAGACGAGAUCGACGAGGACGACGAGGAGUACCAGUACGAUGAAGACGAUGCGGACGAUGAGAAGAUCGACUUCGAUGCCGUCGACAAGCUGCUGGCCCAGAAGAACAAGAACAAGAAGCAGCAACAGCAGAAGGAAACGGCUACCGGUGCUGCCACCAGCAAGAAAACUGACAGCAAGAAUGCUAACUACCCGGAAUACUACGACGAAGAUGAUGAGGAUGACGAUGAUGACUACAACAUGGAAGAGCAAGUGCACCUGUGCCCACGGGACUGCAUCUGCGAGCGCAACAUGCACGCCUACCUGGUGGCCACCUGCAGCCGGCUUGAUCUGGACACCCAGAAGUUCUCGCCGUCCAUCACCGAUCUGCAAGUCCUGGACGUUGGUCCCAAGUAUCCGAUCGUUCUGAGUGCCGAGUUCUUCAAGCAAAUUGGUCUUUCGCACGUGGUUUCCAUCAAGAUCAGCAACUGCACGAUCGAAUACAUCAGCCCGACGGCGUUCGCCGGACUGGAUGAUCUGUACUCGGUGAACCUGACCAACUCGGGGAUUGACAUGCUCCAUCCGGAUACCUUCGCCAACAACACCAAGCUGCGACUGCUCACGCUGUCCGGAAACGAUCUCAGUGCAAUGCAGAGCGUCAACUACAACACUCCGUACACCGAUUACAUGCUGAAGGCUCCGUCCAUCGAAGAGCUGGACAUCUCCAAGUGCAAUCUGCAGGCUCUGCAGCCCACGGCCUUCAACGAGCUCAAGAACAUCAUCUACAUCAACCUGGCCGACAACAAGCUGAAGACGCUGCCGGAAGGUAUCUUUGACAAGGUGGAAACCAUCGAAGAGCUCGACCUGUCGACCAACUCGAUCGCCGAACUGCCCAAGAACAUCUUCAACAAGACUUCGCUGGCCAUUCUGCACCUGAAGUACAACCUGAUCAGCAGCAACCUGGACUUUGUCACCGCCGAUCUGCAGAAGCUUGACCUGAGCUACUGCCAGAUUCGUAACAUCAACGGCCAGAUGUUCAAGGGAAUGGAAGGACUGACCAACCUGAUCCUCAAGGGCAACCGCAUCAAGAAGAUCAACCAGAUCGCGUUCACCUCGCUCAAGGGCCUGCGCCAAAUUGACCUGUCCCAGAACUAUCUGGACCAGAUCUCCGCGCUGACCUUCCUCGGCAACAAGGACCUGGACAUCAUCAAGCUGAAUGACAACCCGCGCCUCAAGCAGCUGCCGGCCGAAGGCUUCCAGAGCUCGUACGGCACGUUCAACACAUACAUGCUGGACGUUUCCAACUGCGACAUCUCCGAGCUGGCCAACAACACCUUCAAGACAAUGCCGCAGCUAACCCGGCUGAACCUGGCCUGGAAUAACCUGCAGACGCUGGAACCGGCCGUGCUGAGCUACUUGGACAAACUGAUGGAACUGGACCUGAGCAACAACUUGAUCACCGACCUUGGCGAGCACACCUUCACGCAGAAUCGCAAUCUGAACAAGCUGAACCUCUCCGGCAACCAGAUCUCGCGCCUCUCGGCCAAGGUCUUCCUGCCGCUGCAGUACCUGAACCAUCUGGACGUGAGCGAUUGCGACCUGCGCACGAUCUGGGACAGUUCGAACCAGCUGGCUAAGAACCCCAAGGUGCUGCCGAACCUGAAGCUGCUGAACGUGUCGUACAACGAGAUCUACAGCGUGUACGUGUCGGACCUGGAAUCGCUGACCAGCUUGCGCGUGCUGGACAUCAAGAACAACUCGCUCAAGUGCAACCCGCACUUCAAGGCGCUGAUCAAGUGGUUGGGCGUGAAGAAGGUUUCGCUGGGCGAUUCGAGCAAGGAACAGCGCACUCACGCCGAGCUGAACGCGUACAUCACGGACAACUCGGCACCGCUGAUCGAGUGGAGCCAGUUUGCGCAGGAGAUCUGUCAGACGGCGAAGAACGCUGGCGGUGAUUCGCCGGUGGUGGUCAAGGACACCGAAAUCGAUGAGACGGAUGACGAUGAUAACGAUACGGAAGAGGAUGAGACCGAUGAUGAGGACUACUCGGAGGAGCAGAACACCAAGAACGAAGAUCCGAUCGAUAGCAACGAUCCUCAGUACUACGACGAGGACGGUAACGAUGACGAUGAUGAUGAGAACGAAAACUUGGUGGAUGCCGCCAACGGUCUUCAGAAGAUCGAGCAGGCCAUCCUCGGAGGCAAGAUCAAGUCCGACGAUCCGCUGGAUGAGGAAGUCGUCAUCCUGGACGGCAACACGCUGCUCCAGAUCAGCGGCCUGUGGUUGCCGAUCCUGUGCAUUGCCAUGGGCAUCGUGGUGAUCAUGCUGGCCAUCAGCAGGAUCUUCGCGAUCAUGAUGAGGAAACGUGGCGAACGCUACCGCCAGGCUCUGCUUGCUUCCAAGAACUCGAUCGUGUACCAGAAGCUGACCGAAGAUAUUGUGGCGCCCAAAACGCCCAAGGUGCACCGAUACGCCCCGAUUCAGCAAGUCUAAACUCCUCUUCCCCCCCUCUUCCUUCUUAUCCUUCAGAAAUAACUACUUAACCCCUCACAGCAAACAAUGUAGGCUUCCAUACGGUCGUUCCCUGGUGGGAGGACAUCUUCCGAUAUAGAGAAAAAAGUGAGCUGCUUAAAAGAUUUCCAGUCCUUCCAAACUACAGUCAGCUAUAUACGGUUUUUUUGUAACAAAUUAUACUAGUAUUAAGGUCAUAGUACUUAUAACAAGAGAAACCAGCGGUAAUUGUAUUUAUUAAGUUUUUCCUUCUUUCUUGAUAACACUUAAAAGCGCAGUGAAUCAAACUCCUUAUUGGUCGGACUUCAACAAUACUAAAAACGAAACGUGUAUGAUUUUCAUUUUCUAAACAUUCCGUCAAGUAACGUCAAGAUGCUGAGAACUUUUUCUCUUUUUUUUGCAAACCCCUCAUUCUAAAAACAUAUAAUUAUACUCAACCUUUUUUCAAUACCACAAAAGAAAACACCACAAAAGCCAGAAGCAAUCCUUACAAUUACGCACACAAUUGAGAAAAAAAAACUAGUAAGGUAAAGAAACUAACUAACUAUAAACAACAUAAAAGCAGCAAAAGUAUACUUCCAUUGUGUGCCAUUAGAGAAAAAAAGCAAGCAAGCGCAAGUGUAAAGUUUACAGCACAAAAAAAAAACAAUCGAGCAAAUUUUUGAAGAAGUAAAAGGGAAAAAACUUGUGUCUUUUUCGAGUUGACAGCACAGCAAAAAUCAACAAUGGCCAAAUGUGAGAAGAACAACAAAACAAGUGAAAUUAAAACGUAAGAGUUAAACGUGAGGAAAACAAACACACACACAAACAAAUGAGCAGUAAAUCUGUCAAGCAAACACACACACACACAAACGAAAACUUCAGUAUAUUUUUUUCGUCUUUAAAUUAUUGUGGAACAUUUUACAAUUUAUAACAAUUUGUCGUUUGGUUUUUUUGAUAAAAUAAAGCAGUUUUAUCAAACAUUA